ACCACUUAUCUAUACUAAAUCACUAAUAUAAUAAGGAUCAAUUUGUUCUUCCCUACCUCCACCCAAAACGUGUACACUGAACUACUAGAGCGGAAGGAUCGCCUUCCUUCAAUCGAAUCCAAUGUUCCAUGUCGCAAUACGGACUUCCCAUGCAGUUAAUGCAUUAAUUACACAUGAUAUCCAAGUUUAAUCGUGAAUCCUGCUAAAUCGUCACCCUAAACAAAAGUCCAUGAAUCUAAUUAACAUUAUUUACACUGCUAGGAAAACUUGCUCCCUGAAUCUCUUGUAUUAAAAAACAAAUAUUUUGCAGGGCCAUAAUUCAUGCUUCUCUUGAUUUCAUGUAUCAGGCUUAUCAAUAUUAUUGGCUUGACAUUAAUUUAUAUUAUUUAUUUAAUCAUGACAUGGAUUCUAUAUGUACUGCUUAAUUUUUACUUUACUGGCAUGGCUUAAGCAUGCAUGUUGACUUAUUUCCUAAAAUGUAGAUUAGUGGAAGCAUGGCGGAGGGGAGCCUAGUUGUUGCCAUUUGCCAGUAUGGUGGAGAGUUCACAUCUGGCCCCAAUGGUAAUUUGAUCUACAAAGGAGGAGAAGCGCACGCUGUUGAUGUCACACGAGAGAUGUCACUGGAGAACUUCAAGGAUGAGGUGUCCAAGGUCUUUCAUGUUGAUGUCGCAGAUGUGUCACUGAAAUACUUUCUUCCGAACAAUAACAGAACACUCAUCACAAUAUCAUGUGAUCGAGAUUUGCAACGGAUGGUUGAUUUUACUGCUAGUUCUGCUCAAGUGGAUGUUUUUUUGAUAAGUAGAGUGGAGAACAGGAGUAUCGUAAGUCACACUGGAGCAUCCACUACUAAACCUGGGUCUAAUGCACGCGUUGAUAAAAGGAAAAGGACACCGUCCAAAAAUAAGGCAUCGAAAAACAACAAGAAGCCUCCGAGUUCUACUGGCACUGCAGUUCAAGCUAAUUCGAAUAAUGUGAAACAACCGAGACAAGUUGUUACUGAAAAUGAUGACAACAGGGCUUUUCAACUGGAAUUUGGGAGUGAUAUUGCCUUUGCCACUACAGCUGGAGCUGGUUCCACAGCUCCUGACAUUCUGAAUCAGCAAAAGCUUGCUCUCGUUGAUAAUGCACCAAGGGAACCAGUUGGGCUUUUUGAUGAUUCUGUCAAUCCAUAUGUUAGCUCUGAGAUCGCCACAGAACCACAGGGUCUUAAUAAUCCUAUUGUGUUUUGGGAUGACAUUAUCAAAGGUGUUGGUCAAGAAUUUGAUAACGUGAAGGAUUUUCGUGCUCAGUUAUGCAAGUAUGCUAUUGGGAAAGGAUUUGUUUAUAGAUUCAUCAAAAAUGAAACCACUCGUGUGACUGUAAAAUGUGUUGGUGAGGGUUGCACAUGGCGAUUGCAUGCAUCUGAAUCAUCCCGUAACAAGAAAUUUGUUAUCAAGAAAAUGACAGAUGAGCAUACCUGUGGUGGAGGAAGUGGAGAGGGUCAGCGGCGAGCAACAAGACAGUGGCUGACUACUGUCAUUAAGGAGAAACUGCAUGAGAAUCCAUUGUUCAAGCCAAAGGACCUUGUCAAGGAAAUUUAUGAAGAAUAUGGAGUUAUGCUGACCUAUUCACAGGUUUGGCGAGGCAGAGAAGUGGCACAGAAGGAGCUGUAUCAUGCUAUCCGGGAGACAUAUAGCCAUUUGCCCUGGUAUUGUGAGAGGCUUUUGGAGACCAACCCAGGUAGUAUAGCUUUGUUGUCUCCAAUGGUGGACACAAAAUUCCGCCGCUUUUUUGUUGCAUUCCAUGCUUCUCUGCAUGGCUUCACAAAUGGGUGCAGGCCUCUCAUAUUUCUUGACAAGGUUCCACUGAAAGCGACAAAUGAGUACAAGUUGUUGGUUGCAGCUGGAGUUGAUGCAGAUGAUGGCGUCUUUCCAGUGGCAUUUAAUGUUGUUGAAGAUGAAAAUUAUGAGAGCUGGGUUUGGUUCUUGAUGCAGCUGAGGUUUGCCCUCCAGAAUCACAACUAUCACUAUGAUGCUAUUACAUUUUUGUCCAGUGGACAAAAGGGUCUAGAUGCUGCUGUUCCACAAGUGUUUGAAGAAAGUCACCAUGCCUUCUGUUUGCAUCAUAUCAUGGAGGAAUUCAAAGGAGAGCUGAGGAAGGGGCCAUGGUCGCAACAGAUAAGAGAUGGGAUGGUUGAGGAUUUUACUCGAGCAGCCCAAGCCUGCAGCAUUGAGGAUUUCAAUGCAUCAAUUGAGAGCAUAAGGAAUAUAUCCACUGAAGCUGCUGAUUGGAUUAUUGCAAGUAAACCGGAGCAUUGGUCAGAUGCCAUUUUUAGAGGCUGUCGUUAUGAUCAUUUCUCCUCAAACAUUGUUGAUGCCUUUAAUAACUGGAUACCUACCAAGAAGGAGGGGUCAAUAGUGCUGAUGAUAGACUCUCUGAGAAUGAAAGUAAUGGAGGUGACAGAAGCAAGGCGUGAGGCUUGCAAGUCCUGGACAGGACCUUUAACUCCUUCCAUGGAAUUCAAAGCGCAGGACGAGAUAUCCAAAGCUGGGAAGCUGACUGUACUGUGCUCUUCUGAAACCGUGUUUGAAGUACGGGGCAGUGCUAUUUAUGUUGUUAACCUUGCAAAUUGGGAAUGCACCUGCAGGAGGUGGCAACUCUCUGGCCUUCCUUGUAUGCAUGCUGUUGCUGUGUUUAACAGGAUUGGGCGAACUUUCUAUGAUUACUGUUCAAAAUAUUUCAGAAUAGAGAGCUACCAUUUGGCUUACUCAGGAACAAUCUUCCCAAUUCCUGACAUGGAUACGAUUGAUUUUAGUGCCGGUGCAAAUAUGAUUCCACCUCCGAAGCCACGGACAUCAGAUAAACCCAGAAGGAAGCGUUUGAACCCCAAUAAGAUACCUACAGUUAUACGGCUCUGUAGCAGGUGUAAGCAAGCAGGACACAAUAAAGCAACCUGUGAAGCGAUUUUGUAGACAGAAAGUUCUGCAUGUCCAGUAUUCAUAGAAGGGUGAAAGCGUGAAGUUUUAACUGGAGUGGUGCCGAUGAGAAGAUGGUGGGGUGUUAGGAUGGAAGGGAUGAUGUCCAUUUUGUAACUUAAUCAUAUUGGGGGAUUCAAAGAUGCAAUUUAAAAUCUUGAGGAAUAAUUAGUCUAUGGAGUAAGAGGUGCUUAAAGAUGGUUAGCAAGCAGAUUAGAAGUGUUAGGUAGCGUGAGUAUUGGAAAUGGUGAUGAUGCAAGUGUAGUAGUCCAUAAUUUUGUUGUUUAGUCUCUCAUCAAGGAUGGUUAUCAACUUAUUCUCAUGUAGAUGUAGUUGUGCCUGUGUACAUGCCAUGUUUUCUUUCUUGAAGCAUUUGGGUCUAUGUGGUAUACCUUGGUUGCUGCGUACUUAAUUCUCGCGUUGGUCCUGAAAACUUUCCUGAUCCAAAAGGCUCAGUUUUUUUCCUUGUUAUGGACCCAUUUAGAUGGCAGUUACAGAAAAAAUUCUUGCGAAGUCAGUAUCUAGAUUUACUCAGCAGUCAGCACUCCACAUCAUUGGCUGUACUCCCGAGUUCCUUUUUACUAUUCCCUCAG